AUGGCUUUUGUUACGGAUCAGUUCUUCCCUCAGAUGGAUGAGACAAAUUCCAACGAGUGGGUUGACUUUGAUCAAUUCCUCGAUCUUCCUCAGGGCUACGAUGACCAGUCAACUGCCACUACAGUCUCCCCUCAAGACUUGGCUCUACAUUAUGAGACCAAUGAGAUCUUGAACUCUCCAUUCGAUGCGAUGUACUCCUCCUUUGAUAUGAUCAACUAUGAUCUUCCACAAGAGGACUUCGUGGGCAUGGAUGGAAGUUUCAUGCAGGUCUCCUCUGCUCCCUUGUUCGACGAUGCUGCGUUCUUCGGGUACAACCCGUACGACAGCAGCAACACAUUCAGGAAUCUGGUCGAGGCGCAGGCCGCCGCUGACCCGCGCGUUGCUUCUCUCAAGGAGAAGCGCCGCGAAGCAUCGAUCGCGUUGCACUUGCAGCGCCUUUGCGAAGCCACUGCCCUUGACUUGGAUAUGUCCUCAGACUCCAAUACCAGCUUUUCUUCCCCAGAAUGGUCUGGAUACGUUCGAGGCAUGCAAAUGGUUCUCGAUUUGAACAUGAAUGCUGCCGUGAAUGUACCCAAAAAGCAGAAGCCUCGUUCUCAGGCACAGAAGGAGAACUACAUCAAGGCUCGAAAGUAUGGUGCUUGUGAAAAGCACAAGAAGCAGCACAAGCGAUGCAACUGCCUGGAGAAGGCUGCUGCUCGUACCGUUUCCGGAGAUGUUCCAAUGGACGCUGCACUUCAAGAAAGGCCGAGGCAGCAACAGAUGCUCCAAGUGCCGAUCCUCCCGGUGGCACGUUACUCGAGCUCGCCGGGUCACGACCCGUCAAUCGACUCACCACAAGCGCUUCCAGCCACCAAGGCGAUCAGGAAGCCAGCGAACAGGUCAUCUGGACCCAAUCCGUCAAUGGAAACCCCAGCGGGACUGCCUCUUGCGGUACCAAUCCCCGGGGAUAUUAUCAAGACACAAGUUCAAAAGAGCACACCACCAGGUCACCACACAGUUUUCUCAACAGGCAAGACCCCAAAAAACGUACCAGGCGAACAGCCCCACGACCCAUGCCUCUCGACCGCACUCCAAUCAGUUCGGACAAGUCGGAAGCCAGUUGGAAGCGCAAGCUUGCGCUGGCGCAUUUCAACAUCCUCGUCGCUCAGUUUCGUUCCUUCGGAAGGGACAGACCUUAUACCAAAAUGUUCGACGAACCAUCCUAUCACUGGCGUGGGUUGUACUUCAGGUCUGGAUGUACGCUGGACGAGAUCAACUCGCACGGUGGACAACUCUGUUCUUCCUGGCACUGUUGCCGGAAACCUUGGAAUCUGUUAUUCCAGAACGGCUACACGCAACUCCACGGCCCCAGCCCCUGGACAAGACCACAAGAAAAAUUCAGGACUUUCUGGGCAGCUUGCAAUGCUUUCUGGCCAGGAAUUCGUACAAAAGCAUCUAUUGGUAUCCCCCUCUCGGCGUGGAUCGCCAACUUUCUCUGGAACCGAAUCAUCAGUUACCAGGGCUCAGUCCACCGCUGUCCUUGUUCAGUCAGUUGCUGAAAGUGUCGGAGGCCUGGUCUCCAGAACUGCCUCGGCGGUCGUUAAUGUUUGGCAAUCGUCGCUCGCUUUGACCUCUGGAUCCGAGGACGUGAUCUCCAAAUGUCUCUCUUUGUUAGGCCGAAACUUGAUGUCUGCAAAGAAAGGCUUGUAUCUUGGCGGACUACGGGCUGGUCACUCUGGACGAGUGUGA